AUGGGCCAGUGUUUGUGUUCCGCCCAUCCGCUCCCUCUUCCCCCCCUUCCUCCCCCUUCUCCCCGCUCCCCUCUUUCCCCUACCAGGCUGCUGUGCACAGCCCAUCUGCAGAACCGCCCGUGGCAAGCAGUGCACGCGUUCUAUGCCAGCCUGGCAGCAGGACACGUGGCGCUCUCUGAUUUGUCCAAAACGAUGCUUGAUAAUCAUGAGGAGAUAGCAGCUGAUAAGCGGAGUGCAGCAGAGCAACAAAGCGUGCCUACCGAUUUUACUGCUGCUUCAAGUGAAACUGCUGCAGCUGAGACUACUACAGUUGCAGCUACUACUGGUGCUGGUGGUGGGAAGAAGUCUUCUCAAGGAGGCAAGGACGGAGUGUGGGAGGGGCGCAGCACGGUGCAGCUGGUGGUGGCAUACGAUGGAGGGGCUUUCCACGGGUAUCAGAGCCAGCAGGGAGCCGUGACCGUGCAGAGGCAGCUCGGGGGAGCAUGGGAGGGGCGCAGCACGGUGCAGCUGGUGGUGGCAUACGAUGGAGGGGCUUUCCACGGGUAUCAGAGCCAGCAGGGAGCAGUCACAGUGCAGAGGUGCACGGUGCAGCUGGUGGUGGCAUACGAUGGAGGGGCGUUUCAUGGGUACCAGAGCCAGCAGGAAGCAGUCACGGUGCAGAGGUAUGGUGCGGUACUACUGUGUGGUAAGGUGCGGUGGAGAGAUUCCACCAUAGCCCCUUUCUGCGAGCACCACCGUAAGAAGCAGAUGAAGAAGGCGAGAGAGCAGGGCGGCAGCAUGGCAUGGAAGGAAAGAGACCGGAGAAGGGUGUGUUGGCACCUACGCCUUCUCUUCAACCACCCGUCGUACCUCCCUUUCCCCCUGUUCUUCCCCCCCUGCCAGCACUCUAGAGUCCGCCCUAGCCCCUUUCUGCAAGAGCCACUUGAAUGGGGAGCCCCUUAUUUUGUUCAUCUCCUCCCUCACUCCCCCCUCCUCACUUCUCGCCCGUCCUUCCCCACCACCAGCACGCUAGAGUCCGCCCUGGCCCCUUUCUGCGAGAGCCACCCGAAGAAGCAGGAGAAGGGGAGGGAUAGAGGGCAGGGCGGCAGCAAGGCAUGGAAGGAGCGUCGAGAGAAGAAGAGAGGGGUGAAGCGGAUGGAGGAUGGGCAGGAGGAGCAAAGGGAGGAGGGGCAGGAGAAGCAAAGGGAGGAGGGGCAGGAAAAGCGAAGGGAGGAGGGGCAUGAGAAUGGGGACUUGGGGAUUCUGAGAGUGGAGUGGGACAAGGAGGGUGGGCUGAAGGCUAUAAGGGCAGCAGUGGUGGUGGCGGGGAGGACGGAUAAGGGCGUGCAUGCAGCAGGGCAAGUGUGUGCCUUCCGUGAGUCUCUUUCUCUAUGA